AUGCCCCCCCUCCUCACCACCCUCCUAGUUGCCCUCAGCAUCAGCAUCAACCUCACAUCCGCCGCGCACGCCGGCUUCCACGUCCAAUUCCCAUGGAUGACCCGCGCCCCAAACCCCAACACCCGACCAGAGAUAGACCAGUACAACCCUUUCUGCAGGGAGAUAGUGCAUAAUCCCCAAAAAUACGCCCGGCGCUCCCGCAGUUUCCUCUCGUUCUCCGGCCACCCGGGGGAUCUUGUGACGGUCCUCUAUGCCCAACAUAGAGUGCCUAGAAAGAGAGAUGACUUUCCCUACAUCAUCCUGCAGGAUGUGCCCAUCCAGCCUUCGGGGCAGCUGUGUGUGAACGUCACGAUCCCAUUUCAGACCGAGCCGGAUGAGAUGGGAGUCAUGUACUUCGAGGCGAGGGAUCCCAAGACGGGAAAUGUAGAAUAUCAUUGCUCCGAUGUUAAGAUGGCUGAUAUGGAGGCUCUUCCUGAGGAGCAUCCGGCUAUGUGUGCGGCUAAUAACGAGACGCUUAUCCCCAUGCCGGAUGAGUAUUUGUAGAUGCGGGCUGGAGUGCUGGCAUGUCCUG